ACAACGACGCUCAAUUCUGUCGAGGGCGGCCAGGUGCACGCGGUAGAAGUGACCGUCGGCGGCCAGAAUUUCAGCGUAGUCGUCGACACCGGCUCGAGCGAUCCUUGGCUUGCCAUCAACGGCUUUGAGUGCUACGACCUGGACAAUACACCAUUGGCACAAUCUGACUGCGAAUUUGGCCCGACCUAUGAUUCCUCCAAGUCAUCCACCUAUAGAGUGGUGCCGGACCAGAACUUCAACAUCAGCUAUGCAGAUGGAGAAUUCUUGAACGGCGCAAUGGGGAACGAGACAUUCACCAUGGCCGGAAUCACGGUGCCCAACCAGAAAUUCGGAGUGGUCAAUAUUGCAGCAUGGCUCGGAGAUGGCGUGACAUCUGGUUUGGUUGGCUUUGCAUACCGAUCGCUUACUUCGGCAUACGGUGGGACAACGCCUGGUUCCGAUGUCAAAAACCAAGCCAUGCUUUACAACCCUUUGUUCGUUAAUAUGUACGAGCAGCAGGAUGUGCCCUCCAUAUUCAGCAUGGCUAUCGAUCGUGAUGAAUCGGUUGGAGGCAUCCUCGCUCUGGGCGGAAUUCCUGAUAUCAAGCAUAGUCCAUACUUUGUGACUACGCCUAUCCUGCCAGCUGGCGUCAAUGCUGCGAAAGAGGUGGUGUACCAGUUCUACACCAUCGACAUUGAUGGAUUCGCGUUCUCGAGCAACCGAAGCACCCAGUUCAACACACCACUCGUUGGCAACGGCACCGAUGUCAUUGUUGAUUCUGGCACUUCACUGUGCUAUGUCCCAAACGAUGUGGCGAGCGGUACAGCUGCCGCAUUUGACCCGCCCGCCACCUACGAUUCCUCAUUCGGCGCCUACUUCGUGGACUGCAAUGCUACAGUGCCCAUUUUUGGUGUCGGCAUCGGCAAGAAGAUAUUCUAUGUCAAUCCCGCAGAUUUGGUCAUCGACUUAGUUGGUGAUGGAUCAUUCUGCGUCAUGGGCAUCCAACCUACGUUCGAAGGGCUGACGAUUCUUGGGGGGACCUGGAUGAAAAAUGUACUCGCUGUCUUCGACAUCGGCGCUGAGCAGAUGCGGUUCGCUGCGAGACAGUGGAGCUCUGUCACUGAUUGA